AACCGCGUGCAGCCAUAAUAGAAUGAACUAACAUGUAUUAGGCUAACCGCAUUGCUCUUAUAAGACUUUGCUGUUCUCACGGUCUCAAUCUUGCGUUUUCUCGAUCGGUAGUACCUGUAUCAUCAUGGCCACUUCCAGGCUCAGACACGUCCUGAGGACGAAAGGGACAAAUGGCACAGAGGGCCACGAAAAGCCAUACGGAAAGCUAUCCAACGAGGACCUAACUCCCACUCCACCCAGCCAGCGCAACUGGUCUCCCAUGUACUUCUUCGCCUUCCAAUUCUCCAUCGCCUUUUCCCCCACAACCUACAACAUUGGCUCGUCCCUCUUCGCCGUCGGUCUCAAUUGGUGGACUAUCAUCAUCGCCGCCUUCGUCGGUACCGGCCUCUGCUGUGGCGUCCUUUAUUUAAACUCCCGCGGUCCGUCAUGGUACCACGUCGGCUUCCCUGUGUACGUCCGCGCGACGGCGGGUAUCUACGGGUCUAUGUGGUUUAUUUUUAUCCGCAUGAUCGUUGCUGUUUUCUAUGAAGGGACGCAAACUUAUUAUGCUAGUCGGCUGUUGGGGGUUGCGCUCAGGGCCGUGUUUGGGAAGGGUUGGGAGAAUAUCCCGAAUCAUCUUCCUGAGGCGGCGGGGAUCACGACGAGCCAGAUGUUGGCUUUCUUCUUGACGUGGUUAAUUCAGCUGCCCUCCGCGUGGAUUCACCCGAGCAAAGUCGGGCCACUGUUUGUGGUUAAGUCUGUAUUGUCGCCCAUAGCAUACUUUGUGACCAUGAUUUGGGCCGUCACGGCUUUCAAGGGCGUGGAGCUGGAUCUGGGAAGUAAGACAACUACUGGAGGGGAUCUCGGUUGGAGUUUCAUGAAGGCGAUUAACACCGUCGUGAGCGGAGUUAUCCCUCCAAUGGUGAACAUUGCCGAUCUUGCGAGAUACGGCAACCGACCGAAAGAUGUCAACCCCCUGAUAGCUGGCCUGUUCAUCAGCAAGCCGGUGGUGAUCCUCGUCGGUCUCUUCACCACCGCAGCGGGUGCCAAGCGAUUCGGCGUUGCGAACUGGAACUUGUGGGAUUUCUAUAGUCUUGUACUGGACAAUUACUGGAGCCCCAGCACCCGAGCUCUCAUCUUCCUCGGAGCCUUCAUCCAGGCCCUCGCGACAAUAUGCACCAACAUCUCGAGUAACGCUAUUCCCAUCGGCUGCGACCUGGCGGGCCUCUUUCCAUCCUACUUCACCAUCGUCCGCGGCCAGAUCAUGUGCAACCUGCUCAUUUGGGCCGUUGUCCCCUGGCUGCUAGUCAACUCAGCCAAGAACUUCAUAACAUUCUUAGACAGUUAUUUGUGCUUCAUCAGCCCGAUCCUGGGAUGCAUGAUUGUGGACUACUGGCUCGUUCGCAGGGGGAACAUGCACAUCCCAUCACUGUACCGGCUUGAGCUCAGCUCUCCUUAUUAUUACACGAUGGGAUUUAACCUUCGCGCUUUUGUCGCAUGGGCUUCGGGAGUGGUGCUCGUUAUCAGCGGUAUAGCAGGGGCUAUAAGUCCGGGCUCUGUGAGCGAUACGGCUGUUAACCUAUACAACUGCGGCUUCAUCCUCUCGUUCACGGCUGGGGCUGUGGUUUACUAUGGUCUCUGCAAAGUAUUCCCGCCGAAAAUAUAUCCAGAUGGAGUACAUGAGCACGAAACCAAUACUUGGGAGAGUUUGGUUCCUACAGAAGGCUUUUUCUAUGAUGAUGUAACGAUGCCAGAGUACAUUAGGGAAAGGGUUGUCAUUGGGGAGACAUCGUCACCGGGGUUAGAACCGAAUGCCAGUAUUGCAAAGAAAGCUUAGGAAAAGCUCGCGAAUUAUUUGUAUUCACAGAUGCCGGCCUGACGUUACUGGGGAUUUUGCGAAACUAAGCCAACCGAUUGAGAAGUACUAUGAGACUCUAGACCGGAAGCUUGAUCUGGGAAGAGUAGGAUGAGAAUAACGUACUUGGGCACAUUGGUCAGUUUAGUCGAAUUUCGCAGAAUGGCCAGCUUUUGGAGCGCCAAUGCUAG